UUGUCCAUCUCUGCGCAUACUUUAGAAUCCAGUUGGUCUCCAGGUUAACUGGUUUGUAACGAUUAAAAAAAAGUGUUUAAAAAAGGGCAGACCCUUUGGGAUAGUUUUGUUUGGCGCUUUUAUUUGGGAACGCGCUGAAUUUCAGGCAAAUUAUCACGGAAAACACGACACAGGCUAUGCUAACAGCUAAGGCCUGAAAUGCUAACAACAACGCCGAGUUCAACAAAGAACCGAGGUAUUCACACCUCAGAUGUCUUAACAGUUGAUAUCUCGGUCAUCAAGACUCUCAGAGAGCCGGACCUGUCUGUGGUCAUCCUACAUGUCACCUGCCAAGCAAUCCACAAGUACCUCAGACAUGCAGCAAUUGCAACCAUGUAAAGAAGAAAAUUUCCUUUGGCAGCAGGAGUGCAAUCUCAGUAACAUUAAAGAAGAGCAAUGGAAUCACUGGAUAAAUCAGGAGGAACAGCAACAUCACUGGCUGAAUGAAGGUACUAUCACAGAUUUCCCUGUGAAGAUUGAAAAUGAUGAAGAAAAGCCACAGUCAUCACAGGUUCAUCAAAGCCAAACUGAUGAAAACUCCAAGGCUGAUGGGGAGGACUAUGGAGGACAACUACUUAGCAACUACAGUUUACGACCAGAUGCUGAUAAGAACUCAGGAACAGAGAGUGAUGAUAGUUUUGAAUGGUAUCCCACACAGAACCUUUGUUCACGUUCAUACCGUUUGAAAGACAGUGAUAUUUCUGUUAGCGAUAGCAGGUGUAAAGUUGCUCAGGCAAAUAAGAAAUCAUUUAGCUGCUCUGAGUGCGGCAAAAGCUUUGGAAAAAUGAGCAAUUUGAAUAUACACAUGAGAAUUCAUACAGGAGAAAAACCAUUUGGCUGCUCUCAGUGUGGGCAAAGAUUUAGAAGAAAGGACUUUCGGAACAUACACAUGAGAAUUCAUACAGGAGAACAACCUUUUGGCUGUUGUGAGUGUUUUAAAAGCUUUCGUGAAAAGAGUAAUCUCAAUAAGCACAUGAAAAGUCACACAGGAGAGAAAUCAUUUCACUGUUCUGAAUGUGAUAAAAGAUUUGGGUUUAAGAGCUGUUUGAGCCAACAUAUGAGAAUUCAUACAGGGCAGAAGCCAUAUGGUUGUUCUGAGUGUGGUAAAAGUUUUAGACAAAAGGGUAAUCUCAACAAACACAUGACAAUUCAUACAGGAGAGAAACCAGUUGGAUGUUCUGUGUGUGGGAAAAGAUUUGGACACAAGGGUAAUCUGAACACACACAUGAGAAUUCAUACAGGGCAGAAACCUUUUGUCUGUCCUGUGUGUGGGAAAAGGUUUGGGCACAAGAGCAAUUUGAACACACACAUGAGAACUCAUACAGGGAGCAUGAGCCAGCACCAGUCUCAUCCACUGGAAAAAUAACCAUCUUGUUCAACAAAGAGAUCCCAGCAGGAAGACAGUUCCCAGUUCCUUGCAUACUUUUCAGUGUAGAUAUUUACAGAUCUUAUUGUGUUGGGAUGUAUAAUGUCCGUCUGCCAUGAGGAUCUGACAUGCUGACCUUCUCAACUGCCGAUUCUGUCAUACUCAGCUGUAUGACAGAAUCGGCGUUGAUCAUUUUGUGAAAUUCCUGACAUUUUUUUAAAACUAUUUGUUAAAAGUCCCUAAUCUUGUGCUCCAACCAGGGCUGUAGCCACGGUGGGCAACCCCCAUGGCACUGCAAAUUUCCACCCAGCUCUCAGGUUCAAAUUGGCUGUCCCACCCAGCACAGAAUUUC